AUGCUGCUGUUCUUUAUAUCUGCCGUGGCACUUGCCAGUGCUGCUUCGGCAGCCACCCUCGCCGGUAUCCCGACUGUGUCCUUUGAGCUCUCGAGUGAUGGCAGUCUUAAUUUCUCGACAAUCGCCACCAUCAUCGUUGACGAGAAGAAUGCCGAUGCCGUCGACACCGACGGCCUGACCUUGAUUCCGCCAACGCUGCUCGACUUUGCAGGAACCUUUGCGGAGGAUCUGGUGUCGGUGCUUAAUUUCAAGGUCGUUGUGAAAGUCGGUUCGGCUGCAUCGGCUGGCGCCGAUGCCAUUUUUCUGACGCUCGGGAACCAGAGUGACUAUCUGGAUGUGGCCGGCCGCCAAACUUCGGAGGGCUAUUCACUCGAAAUCACUGCAGAGGAGGGCAUCACCAUUACGGGCGCGAGCCCGCUCGGUGUCUGGUGGGGCACUCGCACCAUCGUGCAGCAGCUGCUGCUGCACAAAGGAGCUCUGCCCCUCGGCCAGGCUCAUGAUGCGCCCGGAUGGCACGAAAGAGGCAUGAUGCUUGAUAUGGCCAGACACUGGUUCCCGGCCGACUUCUUGAUUGAGAUGUGCUCGUACAUGUCCUUCUUCAAACAGAACACUCUCCAGGCCCAUCUAAGCGACAAUCUCUACAAUAAUGCUGCGAUAUACUCGUACGAACGCCAGAUGGACCUGUAUGCAGCGUUUCGUCUCUUCUCCGACGACCCCAGAGUCGAGGGCCUCAACAGACGCCAGAACGAGUCAUACACGCGCGAGGUUUGGGAUGACAUUCAGACAAGAUGCGCCGCCAGGGGUGUAACUAUCCUGCCUGAGAUUGAGGCGCCGGGCCACGCGCUUGUCUUCUCGCAGUGGAAGCCUGAGAUUGGCAUGACCUCCGACUACAGUUUGCUGAAUGUGUCGCACCCAGAUACCAUUCCUGUGAUGAAAGAGGUGUGGGACGUCUUCCUCCCGUGGUUCCAGAGCAAAGUAGUCCAUAUCGGUGCUGAUGAGUACCGCGACAACUCGCUCACGGAAGAUGAGCUCGCUGAUGAGUAUACGCUCUUCUGCAACGAGUUGAAUAAGUUCAUCAAGGAAAAAUCGGGAAAGCAGGUCCGUCUCUGGGGCACGUUCCCGCCGUCCGACGGCGGCCAUGUUGAUACGGAUGUCUCCGUCCAGCAUUGGGCGCCUUGGGAGGGCAACCCGGUUUUCGACUGGCUAGCAAACAACUACACUGUGCUCAACUCGGCUGAUGCGAUCUACAUUGUCGGCAAAUGGUCUCAGUGGUACGGUCAGCAACUGAAUCAGACGUACAUCUUCCGAGGCGCGCCAGGCGGAAAGCCAUUUGGACCAUACGUUUUCGACUCGACAAACACGACGAACAAUGCGGCCCGAGAGGAGGCGAUGGUCGAGGGCCAUAUCGCACCGCAGUGGUUUGACUACGGCCCCAACGGCACGACCGUGCUGGAGGCGUACUGGGCCUGGAGGGACGGGUUGCCUGCUCUCGCUGACAAGCAAUGGGGUGGCGAGCUAAUGGAGGAGGAGUAUCUGGGCUUGUUCGAGGCGCUGCAGCCGUUCGUGCCGGAUCAGAGCCUGGAUCGAAGAAUCCCCAGCCAGGGGCCGACGAUCCUGGAAUACGACUUUGCGACGGGACGCGGAUGCGAGGGCAAGUUCAAGGAUGUGUCAGGGAACAGAUACCAUGCGGCUUCGAGCUGCGGCAGCACCGACGAGGGCAUCAUCUUGCAAGAGGGAUGCGAGGUCACGACGCCUUUGUCUUCCAAGGGCCGCAACUACACCAUGUCGUUCUCGAUCAAGCCGACGUCUGAUGCCAAGGGCCCGAUCUUUACUGGAGGUGACAGCGCACUGUGGUACGGGAACGGCACAGUCGACUCGGUCAUGGCUUGGUCGGGAGACAAUUUGUACGCGCUGAAUUACACGUUCCCCGUGGGCGAGUGGACGAAUGCGAGCCUGAUUGCCAAGGGAGACCGUACCUUCCUGGACGUGGGUGAAGGAGAGCCGAUGGAGUUCAAGACAAUCCUGGGCAUCAUUGGGACGAGCUUCGUAUGGGAGCGGCUGGCUGUGGAGGCGCCGCUGAAGACGAUCGGAGGCGGGGCAUUUGAAGGAAUCAUUGGGAGAUGGAAGCUGGUAGACGGCUGA